CAUCAAAACUCCCUUAUCUUGAAUCUAACUGUUCACGCAAAAGCAUUUCCAUUUGAUCCAAUGUUCUUUUUCUCCUCAAGUGAAGAAUAACCCAUGGCUGAGUCCGUCCUCAUCGCUUCUGCUCAGACAAUCCUGACCGGCUUGAUUCCCCUUGCAAACCAGCAGAUCAGCCUAGCAUGGGGGUUCAAGGCAAACCUCGAAAAGCUCCGCCAAAGGUUAACUAUGAUUCAAGCUCUGUUAUGUGAUGCUGAGAAACGGGAAGUAACAUCACAACUCAUGAAAGCGUGGCUGAAGAGCCUCGAUGCUGUCACCAGCGAUGCCGAGAAUCUGCUGGACGAGUUGAAGUAUGAAGCUAAUCGAAGGGAGUUUGAGGUACGGAACCGAUUGAGAAACAAGGUACGUGACGUCGUCUCUGUAAAAAAAAAUCCAGUCGCAUUUCGUUUCAAGAUGGCUAAUAAGGUCAACGAUAUCAACUUGUUAUUAGAUGAUGUUUGCAAUAGCGCAAAAGACAUGGGUCUUACACCAGCAAAUCACCUCGUAGGCACUAGUGGUGCCCAACCAAGGGUAUUCCGGCGGACUGUACCGUACAUAGAUGAAUCAGUAGUUGUGGGGAGGGAUGUCGAUGUUUCGAAGGUGAUAGACAUGUUGCUCCGUUACGAUGUGGAAGAUGAUUUAUCUGUCAUUGCCAUUGUAGGAAUGGCUGGGCUAGGGAAAACAACCCUUGCUCAACUAGUUUACAAACACGAGGAUGUUGUGAGAAAUUUUGGUAGUGCGAGAAUGUGGAUUUGUGUGUCUGAUAAUUUCAAGGUUGAAAGGCUGUUGAGUGAGAUGAUUGAAUCCCUUACUGGAAACAAAUCAGAGAUACAAAACGUUCAAGGACUAGUGAAAAAGCUUGGAAAAGAACUAAAAUUGAAAAAGUAUUUGCUUGUGUUAGACGAUGUUUGGAAUAGAAGUGAAAGCGAAUGGGAGUGCGUGAGAAAUUCGUUGCUAGGAAUUGGUGGCUCCAAGGGAAGCAAAAUUUUAGUCACAACCCGGGGUAUGGAUGUGGUAUCAACCAUGCAAAAGAUAUCACCCUGUCUCACUCAUCGUUUGCCCGGACUAUCGCCUGAGGCUAGUUUGACCAUGUUUAAGAAAAAAACAUUCGCCAAUGGAGGACCAAUGGAAACUCAGUCUUUGUUGGAUAUUGGUGCAAGAAUGGUAGAAAAGUGUGAGGGUAUGCCCUUAGCGAUAAACGCAUUGGGAGGCAUAUUGUGGUCUAAGAAGUAUGAAAGUGAUUGGCAUGAUGUCGAGAAGAGUGGAAUAUGGAGUACACUUGGAGAUAGCAACCAUAUCCUACCAAUAUUAAGGCUUAGUUUCGAUGACUUACCAUCACCUUCUUUAAAGCAUUGUUUUGCUUAUUGUUCUGUUUUUCCGAAGGGAAAAAUUAUAAUAAAGGAUGAGUUGAUUCAGCUGUGGAUGGCUCUAGGUUAUCUUCAGCCUCCUUUAGGAACAAAUCGGAUAGCGGAAGAUGUAGGUAAUGAAUAUUUUAACGUCUUGUUGCACAGGUCAUUGUUCCAAGAAGUUGAAUUGGAUGAGUAUGAUAAUAUUACAUGUUGCAAGAUGCAUGAUCUUGUGCAUGAUCUUGCUCUGACUGUCUCGGAGGGUAAUUGUUUGACUUUGGAGGCUAGUGAGGCGAAGGACUAUCCUGAUGUUAAACAUUUGUGGCUGUAUCUUGGAGAAGAAACAAGGUUACAAAUUUCAAAAGAAAAUGUUGGAAAACUAAGGACAUUGUUUUUAAUCGGGCAUCUCCCCAUAAACACAGAAGAUGUCAAAUGUAUACGGGUCUUGAGUAUAGUAAAAUCUGGUUUGGAAGAAUUUCCGAGUUCAAUAUGGAAGUUCAAACAUUUGAAAUAUCUUGACCUCUCCAAUUCUUCUUUUGAAAAAGUGCCAGAUUGUAUUACAAAGCUCUAUAAUUUGGAAACCCUCAAAUUGCCAUAUGUCACAGAGUUUCCAAAAAAAUUUCACAAACUGGUAAGCAUGCGACAUCUUUGUAUGGAUGAUAGCAAUUCUAGUACAGGGAUUCCAGCGUUGAUUGGGGAUUUGACUUCUUUGCAGACAUUAACUUUCUUUGUUGUGGGUGAUGAUAAGGGCCAUAAAAUUGAGGAGUUGGGACGUUUGAGCAAGCUAAGAGGCAAGUUAAAGAUUUACAAUCUCCAACAAGUUAAAGAGAGAGAAGAAGCAAAAAAGGCAAAUAUGUUGGGGAAACCAAGCAUCCAAGAGUUGGUGUACCACUGGGCCCAUGAGGACAUUAUGGAAUUAUGCGUUGAGCAUGAAGAAGGGUUGGAAGGACUUCAACCACACAAGAACCUUAGGGGAUUAAUUCUUGCAGGUUUUGGAGGACUAAGGUUUGCGUCAUGGAUGCGAACAAGAGAUGCUCGGUCUCUUCAAAAUUUGGUGAGAAUCAAAUUGAAGGACUGCAGACUUUGUGAGCAAGUCCCAACACUUGGACACCUUCCACAUCUUGAAAUUGUUGAACUGGAUGGCCUUCAUAAUCUGAGGCAUAUUGGCUCUGAAUUCUAUGGAUCACGUGCUGACAUUAACGCUAGUACUACCAGUAGCGGAGCAGCAGGAGCCGUUUUUCCAGCAUUGAGAAAACUUGCUCUUCUUAAUAUGAUGAACCUAGAAGAAUGGUCAGAAAUAUCAUCGUCGCCCGCCGAUGCCACAAGUAUGAAGGAGUUCUUUCCUCGCCUUGAGAAUUUAUCAAUCUCGAGAUGCCCCCGGUUGAUAGCCAUUCCUUGUAGUUCAUUAUCCAUCAAGGCCAUAAAGAUUUCAUCCUUGAAAGCCUUUCAUUUGCCCCUCGAAAUGUCAUAUAGCCUGAUGCAUAUGCCCUCCUUGAAUGUAUUGACAGAUCGGGAGUCGGAAAAUAUUCUGAUUUUAGUUGAAGAUCUGCUUGAAAAAAGCUGCAAAUUCCUAAGAUCUCUGGAAAUACGGAGAUUGAAUAAGCUGCGUUAUUUUCCGGCCCAAUUACUAAAACUAACAUUUCUGGAGAAGUUAAAGAUAAGUGGUUGUGAUAACCUAAGGUCUUUUUGUGAAGAUACGGAAGCGGCAGUAUUCAACAGCCUAAAGUCUCUUAAACAGCUCCACAUUUAUUCAUGCCAUCGGUUGAUCGUGACAGACUCAAAUGAAUUGCACAGCCUCACAUCCCUUCAGGAUCUUACAAUUCAAUGGUGUCCAGGAUUGGCAAGUUGUUGGGCAGAGGGGCUGUUCUGUCUCAGCAGCCUUCAAAGUUUGAUGAUAGGUGGAUUCUCAGGGCUUGACUAUUUCCCCUGGCCCUCCACAAGUGCUGAUGCUCUAUAUUCAUGGUAUGAGAAAGAGUUCAAGCAUUUGCCUGAUCAACUUCAGCAUCUCACUGCCUUGAAAGAGUUGCGAAUUAUGGAUAUCAUGGAGUUGGAAGCUCUCGAGGAUUGGUUGGGUAACCUUUCGUCUCUUCAAUCGUUAACCCUUUGGAGUUGCCCUAACCUGAUGAGUUUGCCCUCACUGGAAGCAAUUCAAUGCCUCACCAAUUUACAAAAUUUGAGUGUGAUUGAUUGUCCCCUUCUAAAGAAACGAUUCGAAAGUGGCGAAGAGGGGCACAAGAUCGCUCAUAUUCCUUCUGUCCAAAUACUAGAUUGAUAGAUACUGCCAUGAGCUGAAUUGAACCCUCUUCAAUUACAUUUCAUGAGGAUAAAGCCUGAAUAGUCCCCUGUCAAUCAGGUUUCGAUCAUACACAUCAAGCCAUUUUGAUGAGAUGAUGUCUACCUCCGGUAACAAUCAAAGAACAGUGGCAGUGAGUCGUGAUAACAUUUGAAAUAACUCUGUGGAAGAAAGAAGGUUUCAAGUAGUAAAUCUGAUAUAACUUCAAAGAGUAGAACAACAAAUCAAUUGUGCUUUUUUUUCCAAAUCAAUUUCAAACGUUUUCUUUUUCAGAUUCUUUGCCAUAUGCAAAAUCUAAGGCACUCAAGGCAAUAAAUAUUCUCAGAGGUCUGAUUGUUAUAUACUUUUAUCAACACUCCACACAAAGGUCCGAAUGAUCAACUCUGCUUACGGAUGUUUUCCUUUAAAAUUGUUUAAGAAUCUUUGCUUGCUGGUUUCUGGCGAAUUUCCUAGACUAAUAAAGCUGAGACGUGAGCAGUUGCUGAUUGGAAAGAAACUUUUUAAGGGCCGCUCAAAAGUGAAGCUAUUGCUCAUGGACUACAAUGCCUAAUCUCCGUUAGCGACAAAAGCGAAUAAUUCAUCGUAGCUGAAUCGCUCUCACAACCUGAAAUGGACAUUGCAUACAAAUUUAAGGAGAACAAGUUGUUGUGGUACUUGGUCAUGAACUUCGUGGGCUAGGUGAAAGAAGAUAUUCGUAUCUUGCAUCAUAGAGGCCAUCUAAAUGUUAUGAAGGCGCACAAGCUCUCUAACAUGAGGUGCUUAUCUUCAAGACACCAAUGGCGGUGCUAUUUAUUAGCAUGGGAAUUACUGUGCUCUCUACUAAUUCAAAAGAUCAGCAAUGGCUUCGAUUUGAUUAUGCUCACUCGAUUAUGGGGACUGAAUCAUAGCUAGCUGAAACUUGAAGUGAUGGACUUCAUGGACGCUCUAAUUCAAGUCGGCUGCUUUGCCGUGAUGCAGAGGGAGGAGAAAGGUAGCACGUCGGCUUGGUUUAUCGUUUCUUCUUUGUCUUCUUUCUUCUUUCUCCCUCUCCAAUGGAAAGAGUGGGAAGGGAAUUAGAGAAGGGAUGCUCCUUGCACUGCUCCAAUUCAAGUUCUAAAAAUUAGUGGUUUUUUGCUUCCCCGAUCCUUUUGUUCGAAAUUUCUUUGUUUGUACCGAACCUCUUGCAGAAUUAAAUCCUGUUCUACAAGAAUUUGCUGUACAUCCUCCUUGCAUUUAUGCCAGAGACGUCGCUAGUGCUAUGGGCUUUGGCUUAUGUAGAUCACAAAUGAUGAAUGAGAUUGUGGCACUCCACUUGCCGCCGAUGCGCCCAA